GUUCCUCACCUAGCUCCAGCAGCAGCUCCUCUGUUAAUCCAAUGGCUUCUCUCGGAGCACUGCAGACGCUGGCAGGGGCUACAGCAGGCCUCAAUGUUGGCUCCUUGGCAGGAAUGGCAGCCUUAAAUGGAGGGCUUGGCAGUGGUGGUCUUUCCAACGGGACGGGUAGCACGAUGGAAGCCCUCACACAGGCUUACUCUGGGAUUCAGCAAUAUGCUGCUGCUGCACUGCCCACGCUCUACAACCAGAGCCUCCUGACACAGCAGAGUAUCGGUGCAGCAGGAAGUCAAAAAGAAGGUCCAGAGGGAGCCAAUCUGUUUAUCUACCAUCUUCCCCAGGAGUUUGGGGAUCAGGAUCUGCUGCAGAUGUUCAUGCCAUUUGGAAAUGUCGUCUCUGCCAAGGUCUUCAUUGACAAGCAGACCAAUCUAAGCAAGUGUUUUGGUUUUGUAAGUUACGACAAUCCUGUCUCUGCUCAGGCUGCCAUUCAGUCAAUGAACGGCUUUCAGAUCGGCAUGAAGCGUCUGAAAGUGCAGCUCAAGCGCUCUAAGAACGACAGCAAGCCAUACUGAGCACCCUGCCCUCGGACUGGAGUGAGAAGGAUCUUCUGGUAAGUUGGAGAGGAGCGCACUUAGUGAUUCGAAGCCCUAAGGCUGUGUUUUUACAGUCCUGGAAGCUGAUCCAUGCCUUCUAUCUGGCACAUCUUCCCUUGAAGACUCGGCUGCAGCCUCUGCUGAGAAUUCCACUUCGGAUGGAGGACAAGUUUGUGCUUUUGUUUCCAGUGUGUUACUUUGGAGUUUAGGUGCCAUAU